GUAUCGUACAUGAUCAGAAUUAUAGUCAUCAAUUUGCGCCAUACAACAAUGUGUUUGACAACAAGACAGUCUUUUCUGGUGAAAUGCAGACAAUCAACUUCCAAGGAACACUCUUCAGAUUCCCGUUAAGGGAACACAAAUCUGAUAUUUCGAAAAAUGUUUACGACAAUGCAAAAGCUAAUGAGCUGCUUUCAUCAUUUUCAGAUGAUGCAAGUUUGAUGUUAUUAUUCCUGAAGAAUAUUGAAACUGUAAAAGUUUUUACUAUUGAUUCAGACUCCAAGAAAACUCUUAAGAUUUCAGCAGUGUUGUCUGAUGAUACAGCAGAUCAUGUACGCACAGCUAGGCGGCGAAUUUGUGAUGCCGUCAAAACCAAUUGGAAGCAUAGACAAAAGAAAGAUUUGGCAGAAAGUUAUAAGAUGACUAUUGACGUCUGCUCAUCAGACAUUACAAAAGAAAAAAGGAAUUGGUUCGUCUGCACAUACAUAUGUUGGCCGCAAGAUGUAGAGACUCAGAUGACAUCUAAAGAAGAGGGUCUUUCAGCUUGGGUCGGAGUAGCAAUGUCGCUGGAUUCUGUCGACGUCAAAGGCCGAACGUUCUGCUUUUUGCCGCUUCCACCAGAAGAGAGCGCUACAUGCCUUCCUGUCCAUGUGAAUGGAGCUUUUGCCGUAAGUCCAGACCGUCGCUCCAUCAAGUGGCCGAGUGAAGACAGAAUCGAAGAUAACUCAGCCUUAUGGAACAAGUAUCUC